GUCGUCCUGGGCCAAGAGGUCUGUGCCGUGGAAGAAGUUCGCGAUGAGGUCCGAAUCCACUGCCACCAGCGAUGCUUCAGAGCCCAAUGGGCGGUGGUCACCGUGUCCUUAGGAGUGUUGCAGUCUCGUCCAAGCUUUUUGCAGUUGCCUGAAAAGCCACUUCAGCGGCUGGAAAUGUGCCACUACAACAAGCUCUUGCUGAAUGUCUCCGAAUCCGCCGCAGCGCGAUUUCCUGUCUUUACAGAUCUAGUGUCCCAUCAUUUCUGGCAACUUUUCAACUACUGGCCGCUCACCGGAAAGCCGUUGCUGUCUUUGGCGACGCUUUCAGCAGAAGCAGAGAAGCUGACAGAUGAAGAGGCACUGGAGGCAGCUUGCGGUCUGUUGACCUUGGCCAAGCACGAGAUCCGGGCCUCGCACUUCACGCGCUGGGGACGCGUACCUUGGGCCUGCGGCUCCUAUUCGGUCAGCAGCAAAGAUGCAGAAUGGGAUGACAUUCGGGCGCUUCUGCUUGCCACGGAAGAAGGGAGGAUCAAAGUGGCAGGGGAGCACACGCACGAAGAACAUCAGGGCGGCUUUCAUGCAGCAUACCUGUCUGGAAAGCGAGCAGCACAAGAAGUUUGGGAAGGUUUCCAAGCUGUAGCCUGACAGCCGGGCCCACGAGCGACGCGUUGAAA